UCUUCCAGUUUUGACUGAUGAAAUUUUUUAUCGGAAAAAAAAUAAAAUCUUCAGUCAUCAAAUACGUAAUUCCCCCGUUGAACAUUAUAAUAAACACACCCAUUUGGAAGAUCCAUCAAACCAAACACAACAGUUUUAAUUAAUUUUUUCUCCUUUUCUAAUUUAAACUAAUACAACUAAUAACCAUGGUGGUCGGCGUUAAAGUCAUCGGAACAGCCUACUCAAUAGCCACGAUGCGAGUCAUGGCUUGUCUUUAUGAAAAGGAUCUUGAUUUCGAACUUGUUCCCGUUAACUUGAGUACUGGCGAACAUAAAAGGGAACCCUUCGUUUCUCUCAAUCCUUUUGGUCAAGUUCCUGCUUUUGAGGACGGAGAUCUAAAGCUAUACGAAUCGAGAGCAAUAACAAGAUACAUUGCUCAAGAGUACAUCAACAGGGGAACAGAUUUAGUAUUCAAGGAACCAAAGAAGCAGGCCGUCGAGUCUGUUUGGGCUGAGGUUGAGGCCCAUCAUUUUGACCCAGCAGGCAUUAUUCUAAACUGGGAGUUGUCCGUGAAGCCCAGAUUACUGGGACAAGAAGUGGACCAGGCUGCGGUCGACGAAAACGAGGAUAAGCUGGUCCAAGUCCUUGAUGUGUACGAGAAGAGGUUGACCGAGUCCAAAUACUUGGGCGGCGAUCGGUAUACGUUGGCUGAUCUUCACCACCUACCUACGGCGGAGUAUUUGAUGGACACGGGUGUUAAGAUGCUGUUCGAGUCUAGGCCACGUGUCAGUGCAUGGUUGGCUGAUAUCACUGCCAGGCCUGCUUGGGGAAAGGUCGUGGCUUUGAGAAACCAAGCCUUGAAGAAACGUGUUGAAUCUGCACAGGAGGGAUCACAAAACAAAUAGGGAAUGAUAUCUAUUUAGUUUGUUUAUUUUUUUAAGAGAAAGAAAAAGUAGUUGUCAUUUAUGUGGUUGUUAUUUUAGCUUUUGUCGUUUGCAUGACUUACUUGCAUUUAGUCGUAGUAGCUUUUCUUUUAAUCGUUGUUGUUAUUUGUUUGAGACAAAUUCUUGUUCUGUUAGAAGUUUCUUGCUGCUGGAUCAUACAUACUCAUAACAUGUCUUACUUAAAAUGAUGGUUAGAACUUCUUUUUU